AUUAAAAUCAACUGCCAUCUUUUACGGUUUCAACUUUCAACCUAAAUUCGGGUGCGAUUUCUCCGGUGAGAAGCUAUGGCGAGGAGACCUGACGACGAGUACGAUUACUUGUUUAAGGUUGUGUUGAUUGGAGAUUCCGGCGUCGGAAAAUCCAAUCUGCUUUCCAGAUUCACCCGCAACGAGUUCUGCUUGGAGUCAAAAUCCACCAUCGGCGUCGAAUUCGCCACCCGUACGCUUCAGGUCGAGGGAAGAACUGUGAAGGCUCAGAUAUGGGACACUGCAGGCCAAGAAAGAUACCGAGCUAUAACAAGUGCAUACUACCGUGGUGCCCUCGGAGCUCUUCUUGUAUACGAUGUGACAAAGCCAACCACAUUUGAGAAUGUAAGCCGGUGGCUGAAGGAGCUGAGGGACCAUGCGGACUCCAACAUUGUCAUUAUGCUCAUAGGAAACAAAACUGAUCUAAAACAUCUUAGAGCCGUCGCCUCAGAGGAUGCCCAAACUUUUUCUGAAAAAGAAGGGCUUUCAUUCAUAGAAACAUCUGCCCUUGAAGCCACCAACGUGGAGAAGGCUUUCCAGACUAUCCUGUCGGAGAUCUAUAGGAUCAUCAGCAAGAAAUCUCUCUCGUCAAACGAACCUGCUUCUUCUAACAUCAAAGAAGGACAGACCCUCGUAGUCGGGCCUCAAGAGACCACCAACACCAAGAAAGCUUGUUGUGCUACAUCCUAGAAGUUCUCGCUCUUGAUUCCACACCUUCCCCAGAGUACGAAUCUCUCUUUCUAAGCUGCUUUUUUUUUUUUUUUUUUUUUUUUCUAUAUAUAUAUAUAUCUA